AACUUGGCUUUCUUUAAUAAUCCGCCCGCUCUCCCUUUGAGUCAACUCCUGGAAGUGCUGAGCUGGCAGUUCUCGUCGUACGUUGGCCGCGGCCUCAACGCCGAUCAGCUUAGCAUGCUGGCGGAGAAACUUACAGGUAGGAACAACGAAAACACCAUUGCCCCCUGGAAGCCAAGCUAUGUGUCCAGUCUUGAGCCAGAAACAGUUUGGUGCAUCAUGGGGUUUGUGAGCAAAGAGAAGCAGCGGGUUUUGUUGAAGGACAAGAUGCCCGGAACGUUUCUGUUGAGGUUUAGCGAAAGCAAUUUAGGAGGGAUUACUUUUACUUGGGUCUACAGGUCAGAAAGUGGAGAGGAGAUUUACCAUUCCGUCGAGCCGUAUAACAAGGGUCGUUUAACCGCGUUGCCAUUUGCCGACAUCUUGCGGGAUUACAAAGUGAUUGUGGCCGAUAACGUUUCGGAGAACCCACUGAAGUACCUUUAUCCGGACAUCCCCAAAGAUAAAGCCUUUGGAAAACACUACAGCUCCCAGCCAAAUGAAGUGUUAAGACCUACGGAAGGAGGAGACAAAGGCUACGUCCCCUCUGUAUUUAUCCCAGUCUCCAAAAUCCUGAGUGAUUCCCCAGACCCGCCUUCCCCAUUCGACCUUCUCCCCAUGUCUCCGAGCGUCUACGCCGUUUUGAGAGAACACCUGAGUCCCACAGUGAUGGAAACAGCG